AUGGCGAACCAACCUUCAGACCCCCGAUCCUCCACCAACCCCUCCUCCUCAUCUUCGUCCAUCCCACCCCGUCAAUCACUCUUACAAAACCUCACUACCCAAUCCCUCCUCCUCACCCAACUGUUCACCCUAUUAUCUUCCUCCCCAUCCAAUACAGCUCCGAAUCCAGGCCAGGGAGGAGGUAUCGAGCAGAUAUACACUGCUUUGCAGCUAUCCACAUUGGACUUGUCGAAUUUACUUCGAGAUACAUAUACCCACCAGGAGGAAUAUAAGAAAUCACUAGAAAAGAAGAACAACCUUGAAAAUCUAGAACAGAGGGUGAGAGGUCUGAUAAGAGGAUUGGAAAAUGAUAGGAUCGAAUUGGAACAGAUGGUUGAGAAUGGGAAGAAAGUGAAACAGAGUAUAGAGCAAAGUGAAAAGAAUCCAAUAAACAUUCCAACCCUCUUAUCUCACGCUCAAAACCUCUCGCGGUACUCUUCAGCACCCAUCUCAAGCCUCAUGUCAGAUGUAGACAAAAACCAAUAUCAACCUUGGCCAACCGAGAUGGCCAUGCGGAUGGGUCUGUUAUUCCAGAUGAGCGGGAAUGAAGGGAUGGGUGGAAUGGGUAGGACAGGUGAAGUUGGGGAUGAAACAAAAACUACCGAAAUUAUCGAACAGCCUCAACCGGCUAUCGUGCAUGAAGAGCCUACGAGGAGAUACGAUCCGGAUGCUGUAUUCACCCUGGAUCUCAAUUCGGAUGAUUCCGAUGACGACUAG